AUGUCCAUGAAAAAGCAACUCACAGAGAUAGACUCUAAGCUAAAAACUUUACGUCUUAAACUAAAGCAAGCUGAGGAAAUCAUAGCAAAACGUGAUAGAGAAGCCGUCGAACGGCACCAGAUUACCAUUUUGAAUUUAACUAGAGCGGUCGAAGAUCUUCGUAGCUCUAUCGAAGAACUAAAAUUUAGUGCGGGUGAAUCGGAAGAAACGGUCACAACAUGGUCUCAGGAGAUCGCGCAAGAGCUUUCCUACGCCGAUAAAUCUUGCGCUGAACUAUCUAAGUGCGCUGAACUAUCUAAGUGCGCUAAAGUGAUUGACGAUGAAUUUAAAGCGGCUGAAGAAGCCAAACGGCAAGAAACUGUGAUUGGAUUUGAAAAACAAUUGAUACAACAAAAGCUUGAAGCCGAACUCAAACAAAAGGAGCUCAGUGUGAAAUUCUCCGCGUCGGUAAAACUACCGAAACUUACAAUAACCAAAUUCAAUGGCACUCCUUUGGAUUGGGUUCGGUUUGAAGGUCAAUUCAAUGCGAUGGUAGAUAGUCAACAAGUACCAGCUAUCACCAAAUUUUCUCACCUAAAGGAACUCGUUGUUCUACAUAUUAGAAGUGCGCUUGACUGUCUGCCAUUUACAGAUGAAGGUUAUGCACGCGCCAUAAAGUAAUUACGCGAGAAAUAUGGUCACCCUAGUGAAGUUGCCGGCCACUAUAUCAUUGCUUUGUUAGAGUUACAGCCUGUUACUGAGCGCGAUGUUCGUAAAAUACAUAAAUUUUAUGAACAACUAUUGUUCAAUGUCGAGAGCCUCUGCACACUGGGAAAACUUGAGACGAUUGAAGGUGCUUCCCUUUACAUCAUAAUUAAGAAAUUAGAGGUUUUAAAAGCAGAGUUAGUCACGCAUGUUUCGGGUGAUUGGAGAGAUUGGUCAUUUUCAGAACUGCUCGAGCCUUUAAGAAAAUGGACGGAGACAAAUGCGUUUAUUAAAACCGAAAAACGAAGCUCUAGGCGACCAGAAAUCUCGAACGGGAGUGCAUUUCACUCGCGUGAUUCUAAUGUGUGUGUUUAUUGUCAAAGUACCGAUCAUAAGACCACCCAGUGUAAUGUAAUUUCAUCGCCUGAAGCACGCAAGAAAUAUUUGGCUGAUAACAAGCUUUGCUUUAAUUGUGCCUCGGGGCAACACGCAGCCAGCAGCUGUAAAAGUAAAAUUUCCUGCCAAAAAUGAAAAAAAACGGCAUCAUACGCCCAUUUGCUUAAACCCUGAAGACAACGGUGAACUGGCGAUGACUUCAAACGUUAAUUUAACCCAUUUGAGAAAUGGAACAAAUAAAUUGCCUCCAACUACAGUAAUUCAUCUAAUCGUGGUAGUUAAAGUCGGUGGAAUGAAAUUCCGUGCGUUAUUAGACAGUGGCGCCAUCACUCGUAUGUUUCUGCCAGAUUAGUCGAACUCACGCAAGCAAGUGAAGUUAAAAAGGAAACACGUAGAAUUGCUACAUUAAUGGGUACUUCCACUUCCAAAUUUUCCCAGUACGAUAUCCGUCUCGAAUCAGUGAAAGGAAAUUUCGAACUGGAAGCACGCAUCACGAAAAUCGAGAAAAGUGAACUUUUAAGCUUAGAAAAUUCCCACAACUACGAGUUAAUUAAGAACUAUGCUCACUUGCGUGAUAUCGAAUUAGUCGACGUGGCUACCAAACAGAAAUUACCGGUCCACAUGAUUUUGGGCGCUAAUGAAUACGCCAAAAUACGCACGUCAAUUCAGUCUUGUAUUGGUAGACAAGGAGAACCAAUCGCUCAGCACACUCGUUUUGGUUGGGCAAUAAUGGCCCCGGGUUUAGAUAGUGAUGACGUCACUGGAUUCCUAGCUGUUAAUUCUUCGACAGACUAUGAGCGUUUAUGUGCUCUAGACGUUCUUGGUUUAGCAGACUCUCCCUCGGGUGAUCAAGACGUUGUGCACCAGGAAUUUCGCGAACAACUUGCACAUGAUCCUGACGGCGGUUGGUACGAAACAAGUUUGCCUUGGAAAGGUAAUCAUCCCUCCCUUCCUGACAACUGUAUAGCUAGUCUUCGCUGCCUUCAGUCAGUCGUCAAAAGAUUGAAAAGCACUAAUAAACUCGAAGAAUACAACAACAUCAUCAAUGAGCAGCUGGAACAAGGCAUAGUUGAACGGGCACCACCUGAACCUGUCGGUCGUGAGUAUUACAUGCCCCAUCGUGCAGUGAUCAGAGAAAAUGUCCGAAGCACCAAAAUGCGUAUCGUGUACGAUUGUUCAGCCCACGCUGAAAAGGGAAGCCCCUCGCUGAACGAUUGUCUUGAGACUGGUCCAGCUCUUCAGAACAAGUUAUGGGACGUCCUUGUCCGCGGUAGAUUCCAUCCCAUGAUCCUUGCUGCAGAUAUGAAGAAAGCGUUCCUCCAGGUGCGUAUUCGAGAAGAAGAUCGCGAUGCUCUACGAUUCCACUGGCUAAGGAACAUUAAUUCGAACGAAGUUGUGUCGUUAAGAUUUAUGCGAGCAUUAUUUGGGUUGGUGUCUUCUCCAUUUCUGUUAGGAGGAGUGAUAGAGCAGCAUUUGGCUAAUUGGGCGCCGAGAUUACCAGAUCGAGUUAACGAAAUUUCUCGGGAUCUUUACGUAGAUGAUCUUAUAUCCGGUGCCUCUUCUGUGUCCUCAGCAAGUGAUCUGAAGCAAGAUGCUAUCACCAUCUUUGAAGAUGCUUCGUUUCAGCUCCACAAGUGGAAUUCGAAUGCUCCUGAGCUUGAGUUGAAUCAACCUUCCUCACAGAGUGACACUGACCAAACCUAUGCCAAGCAACAAUUUCCUCCAUCGUCCGAAAGUGGCGGUAAACUCCUUGGUGUGGCUUGGGACAAACGGAACGAUACGUUGAGUGUGAUUUUCCCCCCAAAUCAAGACGUGUCAACAAAAAGAGAAGUUCUUGCAAAGCUGGCGAGUAUUUACGAUCCACUUGGACUCGCGUCGCCCAUCUUGCUCCAAGGAAAGUUGAUGUAUCGCGAUUCAUGUGAGAGAAAACUACCGUGGGAUGGUCCAUUGCCAGAGAACUUAGCGAAGCGUUGGAAAACAUGGGAAUGUAACCUGCCUCCUAUCAUAUCAACACCCCAGAGUUUGGCUACAUAUUGUGAACCGAUCGAAGCGAUAGAGCUGCAUUCGUUUGGCGACGCAAGUGGUCAUGGAGUUGCUACUGCAGUUUAUGCCGUAGUUCAUCAGCCAAGUGGUACAACGCAAGACCUGGUAGCCGCCAAAUCCAGAUUAGCGGAGCAAGGUCUCACUAUUCCUCGACUGGAGUUGGUUGCUGCACACAUGGCAGCAAAUAUCGUAGAUAACUUGCGGCGUGCUCUUGAAGGUUUCCCUGUCGUCUCGGUACACGGUUGGACCGAUAGCACUGUGGCCUUGCAUUGGAUCAGUGGAAAUGGGGACUACCGUCAGUUCGUAGCGAAUCGCAUGCGAAAGAUCCUGGAACACAACAUCGACGGGUGGAGACACGUUCCUUCAGGAGAAAAUCCCGCAGAUUUAGCAAGUCGUGGUGGCUUGGUUGACAACGAUCUAUGGUGGAACGGACCGUCGUGGUUGUCCAGUCCUAAAAUGUGGCCGACGAAUCCUGUUACGAAACCAAGUCCAGAGUCGGCAGCAGAGAAUAAACUAAUUUGUGAAGUGAUUGCUAACGUGACAGUGAGCGAAAGGGAUGAAUUUGACGAUCUACUCGAGCAAGGCAACCUGAAGAAAAUGCUAAGAGUUUGUGCACUGAUGAAGAGAUUUCUAGACAAAUGUUGUGGUAUCCCAGCCGCUAGUGGUCCUCUUACGUCAGUUGAGCUAGAGUCACAGAUGGAGUGGUGGAUACAACGAGUUCAAUCCCGUGCAGAAACCUCGCUGAAGUUUCCGGAUGACAAACUCCAACUAAAUCUUCAAGCCAACGAACGUGGGAUACUCGAGUGGCGUGGUCGAAUUCAAGGUCACUACCCUGUAUACCUGCCAGAUACGAGUUUGUUCACAGAGAAACUAGUUCAACACGAGGACUGCCAUACGAUACAUGGCGGGGUCGGCCUGACCAUGGGUCAUGUCCGUGAAAAUUACUGGGUUCCUCGACUGUGGAAACUUGCGAAAAAAGUGAUUAAGUCGUGUUGGGGAUGCAAACGCUUUCAAGCUCGGGCACUCGCUGUCCCUCCUCCCGGCCUUUUGCCCAAGGAAAGAACCGAGGGCUCUGCACCCUUUGAAAUCAUUGGCGUGGAUUUUGCAGGCCCCAUUCGUUAUCGAAAGUCUCCACGAGUUGAACGGAAAGCAUACUUGGUUCUGUAUGCAUGCAGUUUAUCAAGGGCCUUGCAUCUGGAAAUCCUUCCUAAUCUCGAGACAACAACCUUUCUUGGCAGUCUUAAGCGUUUGAUUGCUUGUCUGGGUCGGCCAGUGAAGAUGAUAUCUGACAACGGUGGUACAUUUAUCGGGGCUGCGAGAUGGAUGAAACAAGUUAGAAAGAACGAGCAGCUUCAAGGCUAUUUGGCAGAUGAGCAGAUUCACUGGAAAUUUAAUUUGAGUCGUGCCCCUUGGUGGGGUGGACAGUUUGAGAGAUUGGUGGGGAUCUUUAAGCGUGCCUUUUACAAGUGCGUUGGGGGAGGUACGCUUUCGUGGAAUGAGCUUGCAGACAUGGUUCUCGAUGUCGAGAUUCAAUUGAACAGCCGUCCCCUGUCCUACAUAGAAGAAGAUAUUGACCUUCCUCUCCUAAAUCCUUCGGCGUUUAUUUACCAACGGACGAGUCGUCUUCCCGAGCAGGAACCUUGGCGAGAAGAAUAUACGAAUCUUCGUAAGCGAGCAAAGCACUUACGCUCAUGUAAAAACGCACUAUGGAAACGCUGGACUGGGGAGUAUCUGAAGGCAUUACGUUAACGGCACAACAGCAAUCGGAAAGAAAAGUUCAUUUCUCCCGCGGUCGGUGACGUAGUUAUCGUGCGUACCGACGAAAAGAAUCGAGGUAAGUGGCCACUCGGUGUUGUGGAAGAGUUAUUCCCUGGACGUGACAGAAUCGUUCGAGCAGUCAAGUUGCGUUGCGGAAGAUCCCACCUAGAAUGAGCGGUCCAACAUCUCUAUCCUCUCGAGUUAAAGUGCAAGGCGAAGAAACCGUCGAAGGACGUCAAACUAGAUCCUCAAGCGAAGCCAUUUCGUCCAAAGCGAGAUGCAGCAGUGGUUGCAGAAUUAAGAGUGGAAGAACUUGCCCAAGAGGACAAUUGAAUAUCUUUUUUAAUAGUGUUCUAGCUUGUUUACUAACUAGUCUAUUAUAUUUAAAUCAUAGAACGUGUUUUGUUCCUCAGUCGAAAGAACUGAUUACUGAUAAUUCAUUAUUUCACUUAUAGAAAAGUCUGCUAUAGAAUAGUUUCCCUUUGCAUGUAUCUCCUUCCAGGAGUUACAUGGGGGAGUGUGUCGGAAACUAUAGAGAUUAGGGGGUAAUGACGUAGGUGACAUAUCACGUGAUUCUUUUAGGUGCUAGAAUCUUAGUGAUUUGGGGGUUGGGUAUUAUAAUAACUUUGUACUUGUUGGUGUUGGGUGUAAAAACUAUCUUAAAACGUACAAGUUUGUGAAAGUGUGGAUUUCUACAACGUGUUCCCCACAAGAACAUCCUUGAUCUUAUCCUCACUAACAUUCCUGAAUCAGUCACUGAUAUCUCAUGCAUAUUACCAAAAUCAAUGGACCUCUUUAGUGACCAUAAUCUCCUUUUUUCCGAAUUCAAAGUAUUCGCCAAGUUAUCUUCCUCUGACACGCGAACUGUUCUGGAUUACCGUUCAGCAGAUUGGGAGGGUUUGCACAGAACUCUUUCAUCGAUAAAUCUCUCUCCAUCGACAGUUUCAGAUAAAUUAGAUAUCGACAAAAUCUGGAAAUAAUGGUACGAUGGUUUUAUGAAUGCUGUGUAUCGUCAUAUUCCAACCAAAAUCCUUAAAAAACGCAAAUCUCCUCUUUGGUUUGACAGUGAAAUCCACCACCUGUUAAAUAAAAAAGAAACAGCUAGAAGAAAAGCUAAACUGAAGAGCUCGAGCACAGUCUGUAGGAAAAUUUCCAACACCUUUGACGUUCGUGUAAGUCACUUAUAACUCGAAAGCAAAAAGAAUUCGUCCAGUCUUUGCCUGGUGUUAUGAAAUCAAAUAAGAAACGGUUUUGAUCGUUAUUCAAAUCGGUUUCAAGCUCAUCAAGUGUUCCCAGUAAAAUUACCUGGAAGCGCGAUGAUGGGACUGUUACAGCAACAAAUCCGGAAGAAACUGCAAAUCUUUUAAACAAUUAUUUCUAUUCUAUGUUUAAUCAACCUCUUUCCCAAGAAGAUUACGAUGCUCAUCCAGUCCCGAACACAACAUCCUGCAAUCCAUUAGGUGAUAUCACAAUUUCACCUGAUGACAUUAGACGUAUUCUUCUUUCUCUUGAUGACAACAAAGCUACAGGUCCAGACAGAAUUCCAGCUACAUUGCUCAAAUGUUGUUGUGCUCCCUAUAUAUCUUCAUCGCUUAGUGAUCUCUUCAACAAAAGUUUGAGUUCGGGCAAAAUCCCAGCAGAAUGGAAGAUCUCCAACAUAAUACUAUUCCUACAGGUGGUGUAAAGAACGAUGUUUCGAACUUCCGACCAAUAUCUUUACUUCCCAUAGUUUCUAAAGUCCUAGAAUGCUGCAUCUAUGAUCAAAUUAUCAACCAUGUGUCAAGUCAGCUGCAUAACCUUCAAUUUGGGUUUCUCAGGGGGAGGUCUACAGCUGCUGCAAGUUCUUCAUGAAAUUGGGAAAUCACUUGACCAAAGAAUCCAAACUGAUAUUCUUUAUCUUGAUUUCUCAAAAGCCUUUGACAAACUUGAUCAUAAGCUUCUACUCAAAAAACUAAGUAACUUUGCAAUUUGUGGAAACCUGCUUAAUUGGUUUCAAAACUACCUUGCAAACCGCCAUCAGAAAGUCAUUGUCCUAGGCAAGACAUCGUGUCCAAUUCCCGUACUAUCAGGUGUUCCUCAAGGCUCAAUACCUGGACCUCUGUUGUUUCUAAUGUACAUGAAUCACUUACCUCAACAGACCACGACAUCGUCCGUAGCCCUGUUUGCUGAUGACACCAAGUGUUAUCGUGCAAUAAGUAAAGCCCAGGACAUUAGGGAUCUCCAGUGCGAUUUUGAUAAAAUCAACAAGUGGUGUCAAGUAUGGCGUAUGACCCUAAAUCAGUCUAAAUGUGGUGUUCUCACAGUGACAAGAAAUGUAAUUUCUGUUCAGUCAUCCUAUCACUUGAUCAAUGAUCAUACUAGCACCUCACUGAUCAAGAAACUAGCUGUACAAAGAAAUCUCGGCGUUUUAAUUACUGGAGAUUUCAAAUGGAGCAAACAAGUUAAUGCUGUAUGUACAAAGGCCAACAGAAUGCUGGGAUUCAUAAGAAGGACUUCAGCCAACAUGCGCGAUCCACGUAUAAGAACCUCACUGUAUAAAACAUUAGUUCGAAGUCACUUCGUGUAUAGCUCACAAGUCUGGUCACCACAAUCUGUAGCACUUAUCCUUGAUCUCGAGAAAGUACAACGGCGUGCAACAAGGUUUAUAUUAUCCUUAUCGUUUCAGUCUGAAACCAAUUAUGAAGAUCAGCUGCUAUUAACAGGGUUACUUCCUUUGUCCUACUGGCAUGAGUACCUGGAUUUGGUAUAUUUCUUCAAAGCUCUGAAAUCAAAUUAUCCAAACAUUGUUGUGAAGUCUAGUGGUUGUGUCACAAGACACAAUUCAACUAAAAGUAUUUUAACUAACGUUCCUAGAGUAAACACUUUAACUUUUCAAAAUAGCUAUUUUAAUAGAGCUCCUAGAACAUAUAAUUGCUUGCCAUCUUAUAUCCGUGACACUGACGUCACAAUUGGCCAAUUCAAAUCAUACUUGUUGAAAUAUUAUCACGAAGUGACUGAACUUAUAUAUGACAUUAAUGUAUCACAAUCGUUUAAAACUGUCUUUGUUAAAUGUCACUUUGUCGAGCCUUGUAGAUAAAAUGUGUUGUAAUUGAAGUAAAUGUUUAGUUUAAGGGAUCCUGUGAAUAGGGCAAUAAGCCCUGUAGGGAUCACCAGUCAUUUAUGACAAAGCUAGUAAAUAAAUAAAUAAAAUACCCCGGCACGUAAGUGAUCUGUGAGGAAAAUAGGAGGGUCUGGGAUCCUCUCCCAGAAAACGUUUAUAUUUUUGAUGCUCAAUUACAGCAUCUCUGGCAUUUUCUGAAGCAUCUACAAGGGUAACGAAUAAAUGAGAAGAUUGUUUUAAAGGUAGGUUUACAUUUGAAGAAGAAACUGAAAGUGAGAAAGAGCUGGAGAUGCAAGAGAAUCGAAAGAAAAAGAACGGGAAAACACGUGGCAGGGGAAGUGCAAGGGGGAGAGGUAGAGUGGCAGACCAAGGGAUUGGACAACAAGGAGGUUGUGGACAAAGAGGUUGUGGUAGAGGAGUCGUGGUAGAGGAAGAAGUCGUGGUAGAGGAAGAAGUCGUGGUAGGGGAGGUCGUGGAGGUUGAGGGCAUUUAAUUGAACAGCCAAAUGCUGCAGAAAUUCUAGCCAACCAUGAACAAGAAUUGGAUGUAAGAAAACUCUUUUUAGUCUGACUGAGCUAGUAUUAAAACAGUUAAUUACUUUUAAGUUGUUAUCCCAUGUCAUUAAGAUCAAGGCUAGAAAAAUUAAAAAUGAGCUGAUCUUGAUCUUGACCAAGUAGGCCUUUUAUUUGAAAUAUAUACUAAAAUUUACGAAGAGUCUAUUUUUUAGGACCUAAUAGAAGCAAUGGAUUUUGUCAGCCUGAAAGACUUUGCAAAAGCACUGUUGAGGAGGCAGCCAGGAGCAUAUGCUGAUGUUGUGAAUGGUGAGUUGCCAGGUGCAAAUCAACCCCCACUACCAAGCCCAGAACCUGAAAAUCCGGCCCCUGCAUGGUGCAACUGUGGAUACUGUGUUGUCAUGCCAACUCAGGAGGAGAACAAAUGCUGUUCUGAAAGACCAGGACGUAGCUGCAUCUCAAAAAGCAAUCUAUUUAGGCAAGUGAUUCUUGAUGGCAUUGUAUUGGAUCUUGCAAUGCGAUACAGGAAUAUGCUUGUUCUAAAUGAAGUUAGGAACAAUCAAAACUUUCGACAUGCAGCAUAUCGACAAUUCGUAUUAUGGCAAUAUGGCAAGUUGGGAAGGGGCAACAGAAGAGUUGUUCCGAGCUGCUGUCACAACAAUACGUGCUGCAUCUUACCCUUCGCCGAAUGGUAUUUAUACAGGCUAUCAGCCUUCACGUUUGUAGACAUUUAUUUUGUUAAAGACACACAAGUCACUAUUUGCGCAACAGUAUUCAUUUUAAGGAUAUUUACAGUUCAAAACUGAUAUGAUAUUGUUCUGAAACAAAUCCAAUUCACAAUUAUUUGGUUAGUUAGUCAUUGUAAUAAGAUUGCUCAAAUGUUGACUGUGUGCAUAUUUAACCCAUUAACUGGCAAUGUGCCCAACUUUUGUAUUUACUCUGUCUAACGCCCAACAAUUUUACUCAUCAGUGAUAGAGUACUGCCAGUGAAUGGGUUAAGAUAUGAAAACUAGUUUACUGUCUUACACAUAUAUGAAAGGGACAGAUUCCCCAUUUGUGCACCUUUCAUGCAAAUAGAAAAUACAAAAUAUUGUGUUUCACAUGGAUGUAUACAGUGUAUACUGUACCUUUUCUCAGAGCAAUUUAAUUUUUUGUUUAACCAUUAACUUCCAAUAAUUUUCCUUUGAUGAGUAAAAUCUUUUGGCCUUAGACAGAGUAAGAAAAUUAGAAGGGGGUGCAUGGGAGUGCAUUGUUUGUGAAAUGGUUAAGAGAUAAUAUCUGUCAUUAACAUGCCCCUAUGGAUCGGUUAAAACUACUACUCAUCUGUCUAAUUCCAUAUGAUUUUAAUUGUCAAAGGAAAAGUCUUUGACUGUCAAAUGUGCCCAAAUUCACAUUACUAAUUAGUACUUAAUCUGUCUAAUGCUAGAUGAUUUUACUCGUCAUUGGUAGAGUACUGCCAGUAAAUGGGUUAACAAACCUAUCUUAAUGUGCCCAAAUGCACCCUACUCUGUCUAGGGGCACUGGGGGUGUUGAACAUUAAUGGGUUAAUUAUUCAUAAGUAACCCAUUUUCUUAAUUAACUCAUUAAUGUCCAAUACUUUUCCUUGAAAAGUAAAGUUGUUUGGUACAGUAUUGGAUAGAAUAACUACUAAAUAGGGACACAUUGUGUGUUAGUUUCACAAUCCUCUUAUAUUUGUUAUCAUGCAUGGCUCUUCGGGUGGGAGAAAUUUGCUAAAUAUGCACAGUGUGACUGUUUCGCUCUAUAUCAGAGCUCAUCAGCAUGCCUGGGAAACAUUGAUGAAAUUUUGAUUAACAUCAACGAGACCGACAUGGAUAGCCUGACCCAUGGUGGGGUCUGGGGGUUUGAAAUCAGAGUUUUCCUUCUCUUAGAUGAAUUGCCAACAAGGCUUAUGAGCUCCAUCUACCCAAACUCUGAUAUUCACCUCAUCCCUGCAGAUCCACGAGUGUCGGUCUCUAAAAUCUUGAUUUCUGUGCCUCAACAAGUGAUUUUACUGAAGGAGGAUAAACAGGAGCUAUAUUGGGAGUUAUCUUUCUUGGGUCUUCACCCAACAAACUAAUUCUCCUAUUGACAGUUCCACCAGAACGGAUUCUUUUCUCAAAAAUCUUGAGCAGGAGCUCUGGGAUAUGGGUGUAUUGCUUUGGCACCAGAACACGAACAUGGCACCAGCGUUGUGUUCUCUUACUAAACUUACGUCCAAACCUUUAAUUAAGUAACCAAUUAAAAUCUAUAAAUGCAAUUACCAACUACCAUAUAGUAAAUGACAAUGCAACAUGCAAAAAUUAAAUAAACAGAUUGCUGAUAUUAGACAUACCGAAGUUGACCAUCAGCUGUAGUUGCUUGUUCUCUGUCUUUGUGAUGGUUGAAAUCCAACGCAGCAAGUUGAUUCCUGGCACGGUACACUGGAAAUCUACAGAUAAACAAGUUUUACUACCAUUACUGCAUAUUUUAAUUAAAGUAUACAAUACGUACAAUGUACUGUAAAGCUAAUUUUUUUCCCUGGGAAAAAAGGUAUAUUUUCCAAAUAGUUUAUUUGCCCAAAUACUUACGAAUAUGCAUGACGUUUGGGAGCAUACAUCAAAAUAAUAUUAUGGAACGACUCUAAAAACCUGUGUGUCUACAAAUUUAGAAAAUGGAAUAAAAAUUAGUGAAAAAUUAGUUGAAUUCUAAUGCAAAUGCUGCAUUCUUAUUCAGUAAUUCAAACAUAAGGAACCUGAUUAUACCUGAAAUUAGUGUAGCACACAAGUGUGUUCAAGAAGCGAGUAUCCAUGACAAUCUUGGUGAGUGCUUGAGUGCAGGGGAUCCUUUCUCCAACCAGGGUUUGUUUCAGUCUUCUUCGCUUAAUGGAUCAUGGCCACAUUUGCCUGUAUUACCACCUUCUUCCAUCAUCCACUCAUGCUCAUUAGCAAUGUGAUGUAAUAUCCCUGUCCAUUUAUCCUAUUAAAAAUUGCAACCCAACCUCAUUCUUAAUGCCAUCUAAAUGUUUUGCCAGUCAGUUCACUUUGUAUAUACUGUAGCAGUGUAGCUCAAUGUUUCGUGGUUGUAGAUAUUCAACUACAGUAAGCUGUGUACAUACCAUUGAACAAUGAAGACCCUGGGAAUGUGGUUGAUAUCAACCUACAGUAUAUUAUUUACUGACCUUAAAAUGCAUGUCCAUUUUACAUGAAAAAAUGGUCAUUUUAUAAGAAUGUUUAUGGAAGAUCUUACCUUGAGCUUUUUUGCAUCAUUAUUACCACAAGAGGCCCAGGCUCGAUUUGCCCGCGCCUGCCUGUGCCUUCCUUAUAACGAGGGAAGGACGGAGACAUUGAGACCGAAAUAGCCCAGACUUGGCAUAUGUCACACGAAACUAUCCUCGAUUUUUCGCUUUUAAUGCAUUUCUUUCACGAUUAAUCGAUAUUCACUCCAAGAAUGAUACCGUAUAACUCUCAAAACAACGAUGCUGUAAUCAAAGAGCUUAAAUUCGCUCUGAAAUCCAUGAGGGAAUAACAAAAUUCGGCCAAAAUAUAUCCGCGUGCCCGGUUUGCUGUGCAAAAAGCGGAAGUCGUUGAACAACUCAAAAUACACUCAACCUGAUUGGACAACGAAUAUCAACAAACGUUUCAAAUUUUUUUAACAAACACAAUGUGAAAUACAAUUUAUUAUACAUAUUAACGUACUACAGUUAUAUUUACAUGCUGUAAUAUUUACACUUUAUAACGUUUGUGAAUAGUUUUGAUUGUAUGAUUGAAAUUAUUACAGUACUGUUAAAAAAAUUGGAAAUGUUUGUUGAUAUUCGUUGUCCAAUCAGGGUUGAGUGUAUUUUGAGUUGUUCAACGACUUCCGCUUUUUGCACAGCAAACCCGGCACGCGGAUAUAUUUUGGCCGAAUUUUGUUAUUCCCUCACGGAUUUCAGAGCAAAUUUAAGCUCUUUGAUUAAAGCAUCGUUGUUUUGAGAGUUAUACGGUAUCAUUCUUGGAGUGGAUAUGGAUUAAUCGUGAAAGAAAUGCAUUAAAAGCGAAAAAUCGAGGAUAGUUUCGUGUGACAUGUGCCAAGUCUGGGCUAUUUUGGUCUCAAUGUCUCCGUCCUUCCCUCGUUAUAAGGAAGGCACAGGCGGGCGCGGGCAAAUCGAGCCUGGGCCUCCUGUGUUAUUACAGGUCUUUUAACAGUACCAGAGAUGAUUCCUGAUAGAUGGUGCCCACAACUUCAGUUGUUCAUUAUUUUUAGCUUUGGCCACCUAAAAACAAAGCAUAUACAGUACUUAAACACAACAAUGUUAAAUAGUAUACAGCUGUUUUAGCAUAUCUUAAUAUACCGUACAUUAAAUUUGCAUUUAUCUUGAGCAACUUAUUACUCAAAAUUCAAAAAGUUUCAGACAGCUAUUACUUCAAGGUAUAGAAUAAAUAAUUGCAGGGACCACUGAGUAUUUUCCUAAUGCACAGAACAAUAGUUACUCGGACAUUAUGAAAAUACUUGGUUUUAUUGUAUUGUUUCUGUAAUACCAUAUAAUGUAAUUGUUCUUUUACUUUUAUAUACUUAGCUGAGUUUGGACCAUAUAAUUUGAUCAAAUACUUACAGCAUUAAUUUUUUUCGCAAUGUUUUUUCCACCAUGCCAUACGUCAUUCUGAUGGCCAACAUUUCGAUACUUUUCUGCCUUUUCUAAUAUAAAAGAGACAAUGAGUAGUACAAUCAUGAAAUACACAGUAAAAAGUACAAACUGCAGUGAAAAGAGGCCAGGAAGUAGUGCAAAGAAUUACGGGAAUCACUCAGUAUUUUAAGAAAAUACAAAAAAAACAGUAACUCCGAAUAACAUUUGAUUUUUAAUAUAUGUUUCGAAUAGUUUGUAGUCAUCCUCAGGAUUAAUAAUCAAAAUGUUAUUCAGAGUUACUGUUUUUUAGAGGAAAGAGUUUGCCAACUUUUAUAUAUUGGUUUAAUUCAUGUAGAAACAGAGUUAGACAAGGAAUUCUUGAGAUAUCAAUAAACAUUGGUUGUUGCUUGGAUGACAUAUCAAUUUGUCAUUUGACAAAGUUGACACUUACUCAUCACUGAUGCAACCUCAAGGUGACCAUCUGUAACCACCUCUUUGACGAUUAUUGGUGAUUCCAUGUGAAGUGCAUCCAUCCCUCUUUCAAACCCAAUUCUCUCCAGGUUGUUGCUCUUUCCAGAGGCUUCCCUUACAUCCACAACAUUCAUUUGGAGGAUAGCAUUAUCUUGCAUGUCUGCCAGGCUGUAGGUGCAAUAUUGGGCAGAAUGACCAGGAGAGUCAUUCCUUCCAUCUCCACUCAAUAUGACAUCUUUACCAGCCUUUUCACUCCAAAGUUGUUGCUUAUGUUGUUCCCAGAACUCAUUGAUUGUAGGGAUGAUGUACAACUUCUGUUACUGGUUGAACAGUGUAGAUGAAAAAUACUGCAGAUUACAGAAGUUGAACAUCAGCCCUACUUUGGUAUAUGAGUUACCUGACAGCAACAACGCAGACGAAAGUAUCAGAUUUCCUGCUCUGAUCUUGUUACAAGAUGGUUGAGCUGCCCAUCUCCCACCAACAUGCCCAGACGGCCACUUCCAGGAUACCACAAGGCAUGUUCCCACAUAUAUUUUAUGAUAAACUAAGGGACGACCACAAUCUUGUCGUUUACAGACACUCCCAUGUACAGAUGUGAGCAAUGAUACAAGAGUGUCUGUAAAAACAAUACACUUUUCCAUUUUUAUGGCUUGUUCUGGGGUGACAACUUCUACGGUCGAGACACACUGAUGUAAUGUAACUGGUUGGCUGGAUCCGCCUUCUUCAAUCCCAUCAUCAGGCUCAUCUCCAUCAUGUCCAUUGAUAGUUAUAUUGAGCAAGUCAUCUACCAAUGGUUGAUCAAAACCAGGAUCAAAUGAUCUAAAAUUUCAGGUAUACAAGUAUGUGCUAUAUAUGGUAUAGUUAUGUAUUGAUAACAUGGAUUUAUUGUCGUUCCAAUUGAAGUGUUGCUCAAAUAUUGAUUCAAUACAUUACUUCGGGCUGACCAAUUCAUUUGAUCAAGUUCCUCGAGAUAUUCAUACACUUCCUGUGAAAGAGCCAAUUCCAAGUAUUUGAUCAUUUCUGGUCACUUCCUUUCUAUUUAUGAUUGGUUAGUUGCACAAACAACAAAGGUGAAUUGGUGCAUUCAAACUAUUCAACAGGAAGUUUACAAUUAUACUAGGAAGUGUGUGAAUAUCUCGAGGAACUUGAUGAAAUGAAUUGGUCAGCCCGAGGUAAUGUAUUGAAUCAAUAUUUGAGCAACACUUCAAUUGGAACGACAGUAAUAUAUUUCUAAAGAAUUCUUGACUUACCAAUAAAAUAAUUAUAAUGCCUGUAAUAAAUUUGUAUUAAUAGUAUAAAUAACAGACUCUUACUUACUCAUGAAAAUCUUAUUCAUCAAGAGACAGCAGGUCAGGGUCCCUUCUGGUGGCCAGGUCGUCAGUUAAGUCACCAAUGUCACCUUCACUUUCUUCACUAUCACUUUUCAUGCCAGGAGAACUUGCACUCAAGAUCUCUUCACUUAUGGGAUAUGGGUCAGAUCUAAUAAGUAAAAAUAUACAGUAAAGCUAUAUAGCAGGAAAUUAUUGGUUAAAGAUAGGGUACAGUCCGGUCUGCACAUGCACACAUAGGAGUCUCAUGCCGUGAUAUAAACACUUUAAUUAGGUUUUUAUUUCAUUUUAUGUUCUUGCAAAGCCUGGUUGUAUCUUGAUCAUUUAUUAUACUGUAGAAGCAUGAAAAUAUAAAUAGUUGUCGAAUAAAGUUCAAUAUUUUGAAUACCGAAAUGUAAACAAAGGCUUUGUUUACAUACGGACUGUACCCUACCUUUAGCA